AUGCAGAACGUUGUUCUUUCCGUCGGCAGGUCGACCUCGAGCCCCGAAACAGGCGAUACCGCCGCUGCGCGCUCCUUCCCCAGGACCAAGACCACAGCGCACGACGAGAAUGCUGAUGGAGCUACACACGAUGAAGGUGGCAUUUCGCAAGGCGAAGAUGAUGCUGUGCGAGGCAUAGGCCCGGGCGAUGUUGUGCGAGACGAAGACGAUGCCGCGCACGAUGAAGCACGAGCACUCGCCACCGACAUAUCCGAUCGCAUUUCUAUUGAAAUCUACGAGAAUGUCUUCGAACACAUGGACCAGUCCACGCUGGCCACUGCUGCAUUGGUUUCCCGGGCAUGGUAUCCUCGCGCCACUUCCUGCCUCUAUUACACCGUCGUCAUCGCAUCGCGCGCGAGCUAUGACUUGCUGGUCCAGCAGCUACGCACGUCGCCCCGUGUCCAGCGAUGGCUACAGUCCACACAUGAAGUGGCGCUCGGGUACGAUCCGUACGAAAUAGCCCUCGGAUACGGGUUGAACGAAGUAACGUUUGGCCAUGCAUGUCCUGCCCUGCAGGUGCUCGACAUCGGCCACAUUCUACGCCCCAACAUGCAUCCGAUUUUCCAUCUUGCCCUGCGUCAGCUCCAGCACAUCGUGUCGUUACGUCUGCAUGAUGUCGAACUGAGCAACAGUACCCAGCUGCAGCGGAUUCUACCCAGUGCUAGGCUGCAAGAUGACCGUUUCCGGGGCCCCCAGUGCAACCUUCGGCUCAAGCGACUCCGAGUCGAAGCGUACUCCGACAACAUAAAGGCGUUCGAACGGAUGGCCAAUUGGCUUGUAUGCUCGGGGAUCUGUAGCUCUCUGGUCCAACUGGUGACGGUCUUCCAUGGCGAGGACACGGACCUUGCUACCGAGCAUGUCAAUCGGCUCCUCGAGACAACGGGUCACUCUCUGACCUCUUUCUACUGUCAAAGCUACCUGAAUCUACGCCCGCCAGAGGACUCGGACUGGGCACAAGCAGCAAGCGAGCUUCGUGGGGCCUUUUCCACGAUCCGAAGUUACCAGCUCAAGCAUAUCGCAAUCCACUUCAGAUUCGAGCUGACCGGCCCUCUGGACCAGGAGAACUUUAGCCAGUCUUGCAAGAAGCUCGAAGCCGACUCGCAAAGCCUGUACAAUGUCGUGGUCGGGCCAUACUUCGACGCAUUGACGGACGUCAAGAUUGAGAUGCAGGUGCUCUCUGCGGCUCGCAGGCGUUCGCCUGCAGAAAGCAUAGUCAUCGCCAACAGCUGGGAACCACAGCAAGGCUACAUAACCGCCGACGAGGCCCUUGAUCUUUUCCUUUCUUUUCUGAAGGAGGGCGAGGUUCCAAACAAUGCGAGUCCCAGCACGACGUUCUGUGACACUGCCAAUAUAGCCUUUACCGGACUCCUGGGCAUUAGCAAGGUCGCGCUAGCCCUGGACGAUCCAAGGCUCCUGCGGCGCGUUGCCGACGCUUGGAGCGCGAUCUUCAAGUGGAGUGUCUUCAUUUUCUCGACGAGGAUUGAGGGCCUUAGCAAGAACGACAUGCGGAGGAAGAACGCGAUCGAUAUUCUUUCCGCUGCGUGGUACGCACUGUGUGCCAGGGAUCCGAUCCGGGAGAUGAUGGUCGCGACGCCUAUGUCAAUCGAGAUCGCGACGAGGUUAUGGCUCGAAGAGGAUGGCGGUCCGCCCACUCGUAUAAACGCACCAGCCGGUACAUGCCUUCUCGGUAACUUGUUGAAGAACGCGAAGAAGGAGCAAUUGGAUCGGGUCCUGAAGAUGGCUGGGGGCAAAGCGGCCGAGAUCGCGAAGCUAUCGCUCUCCCGUCUCAAGACGACUCUGAAAGCGAGCCCGGUCAACGGGACCUACCUUACAAUGUACCUCGACUUCAUCAACUCACUAUCGCGCGAGCCAGAACACCCGUUGCGCCACGCCCUCUUGGGUGCGAAUGUCAUAUGGAUCGUCACAAGCGCGCUCACCACUAUCUCCAUACAAGUGAACCUGGGGAGAGAUCCCGCCUUCCUCGACGCUAUGGUUGCCGCCUUGGGAUACAUAACGAACUGCCUCGACUCCACGGAUGGUUUCACAUGGGUCUCGCAGUCCAUAGGGGCGGGCCUGCUGACGUCCUUCGUCGACUGCAGCCCGCAUUUCUCUAAGCUGGAUCCGGAGGACCUCGACAUGGUGCUCCGCCUCGUGAAGAACAUCCUUCCUCGUUACGCUGUGUAUCGUUCCGUGCUGGAGGCCAUGAAUGCACCGAUGCGCAAGAUUGACAAGGGCCACAGAGGGAUCGAGAUGGAGUUGCUACAUCAUGCUGAAGCUAUGAAAGGCAAAUACAUCACCUGCGAUAACAAAUUGGCACAAGAGAAGAGGUCCGGAGAUGCUCAGCAUGCCUCAAUACGUUCUACUGUUCCCAGUAUGCCAAGCCGUCGCGUGGAAGAGGGCGACCACAAGAACGUCUGCAAGAUGAAGCAGCGAGAGAGGACCGAGGGGAAAGCGAGCAGGAUUGAAGCGCGACCUCGCCUUCUUCCACAACAUCUCCAUAACAGGAGCACCCCGGAAAAUACGCUCCCAUCUAGUCGUCUGCAUCGACUACUGCGUCUUUCCGGUCACCUACGGCCUCACCCCAUCGAGCAAUACGACACAGGCCCGCACUCGGGGUCCACGAACGCGCAGGCCCGGAACGAGGCCAUGAUAGACAAGGGCAUGCAAGCCAUCCUGACCCUCGCGACGGGGAAACUUUGGGAAUGGGACCCGAAGGACUACCAGCGGCAGAAGCUCAUUGAUUCGCAGUUCAUCCUGCGCCAGCUCGUAUCUCGGUUCGAGGAGCACCUUCCUGAUUCUCAGAAGUCGCCGAUCUUGACCGACCCUAUCCGGACGGAUUUCCCGGACGACAUGUUGAUGGCGCUUCAGGACAUGUCGGAUACAGGGGAAUUCAUGGACGAAGAUGAUGACUUUGACUAG